CUGGCUUCUCCUCAGCGAGGCUUCGGGAUUCAGUCAGUUUCUGAGGCGAAGCCGGAGAAGGAGCGAGCCGGGCUGCGGCCUUCACUCAAGGCAAGGCCGCGGCUGCCUCGGGCCCGGCCGGUCCGGCCCGGAAAGGCGCCGCCAGGAACAAGAACCCGGCAGGAAGAGAGCGGCCGCGCCCAGCUCCAUGAAUGGACGUCGGCAGCGCAGGACCCGUUGGGGCUCAGCCCCUGCUCAUGGUGCCCCGGCGGCCUGGCUAUGGCACCAUGGGCAAGCCCAUUAAACUGCUGGCCAACUGUUUCCAAGUUGAAAUCCCAAAGAUUGACGUCUACCUCUAUGAGGUGGAUAUUAAGCCAGAUAAGUGUCCUCGGAGAGUGAACAGGGAGGUGGUGGAUUCAAUGGUGCAGCAUUUUAAAGUGACAAUAUUUGGGGACCGCAGACCAGUUUAUGAUGGGAAAAGAAGCCUUUAUACAGCCAACCCACUUCCUGUGGCAACAACUGGGGUUGAUUUGGAUGUCACCUUGCCAGGUGAAGGUGGCAAAGAUCGUCCUUUCAAGGUGUCAAUCAAAUUUGUUUCCCGGGUGAGCUGGCACUUGCUGCACGAGGUUCUGACGGGACGGACCUUGCCUGAACCUUUGGAACUAGACAAGCCCAUCAGCACUAACCCUGUUCAUGCUGUUGACGUGGUGCUACGACAUUUACCCUCAAUGAAGUAUACACCUGUAGGCCGCUCCUUUUUCUCUGCUCCUGAAGGUUAUGACCAUCCUUUGGGAGGUGGCCGGGAAGUAUGGUUUGGAUUCCAUCAGUCUGUUCGGCCUGCAAUGUGGAAAAUGAUGCUAAACAUUGAUGUUUCUGCCACUGCCUUCUACAAAGCACAACCUGUCAUUCAGUUCAUGUGUGAAGUUCUUGACAUUCACAACAUUGAUGAACAACCACGACCUCUGACUGAUUCUCACCGGGUAAAAUUCACCAAAGAGAUAAAGGGUCUGAAGGUUGAAGUGACUCAUUGUGGAACAAUGAGACGGAAGUACCGUGUCUGCAAUGUUACACGAAGACCUGCCAGUCAUCAAACUUUCCCAUUGCAAUUAGAAAAUGGCCAGACCGUGGAAAGAACGGUGGCACAGUACUUCAGAGAAAAGUAUAACCUCCAGCUGAAAUACCCUCACCUUCCUUGCCUACAAGUGGGACAGGAGCAGAAACACACCUACCUGCCUCUUGAAGUUUGCAACAUUGUGGCAGGCCAGCGAUGUAUCAAGAAAUUAACAGACAAUCAAACAUCAACGAUGAUAAAAGCGACGGCAAGGUCUGCUCCAGAUAGACAGGAAGAAAUCAGCAGGCUGGUGAGAAGUGCAAAUUAUGACGCUGACCCAUUUGUUCAGGAAUUUCAGUUUAAAGUUCGUGAUGAAAUGGCUCAUGUGACGGGACGUGUGCUCCCCGCCCCCAUGCUGCAAUACGGAGGAAGAAAUCGAACAGUGGCAACACCAAGCCAUGGUGUGUGGGAUAUGCGUGGAAAACAGUUUCAUACGGGUGUGGAAAUCAAGAUGUGGGCCAUUGCUUGCUUUGCAACACAGAGGCAGUGUCGUGAAGAAAUCUUAAAGGGUUUUACAGACCAGCUGCGCAAAAUCUCCAAGGAUGCAGGAAUGCCAAUCCAGGGCCAGCCAUGCUUCUGUAAAUAUGCACAAGGUGCUGACAGCGUGGAGCCCAUGUUCCGACACCUUAAAAACACAUAUUCUGGGCUCCAGCUCAUCAUCGUCAUCUUACCCGGGAAGACUCCAGUGUAUGCGGAGGUGAAGCGUGUGGGGGACACCCUUUUGGGGAUGGCCACGCAGUGCGUUCAAGUCAAGAAUGUCAUUAAAACAUCUCCUCAAACCCUCUCAAACCUGUGCCUAAAGAUAAACGUAAAAUUGGGAGGAAUCAACAACAUCCUUGUACCUCAUCAACGACCUUCUGUGUUCCAACAACCAGUGAUCUUCUUGGGAGCGGAUGUCACUCAUCCACCUGCUGGAGAUGGAAAGAAGCCCUCUAUUGCUGCUGUUGUAGGCAGCAUGGAUGCCCAUCCCAGCAGGUACUGUGCCACAGUGAGAGUUCAAAAACCCCGCCAGGAGAUCAUCCAAGACUUGGCCUCCAUGGUUAGAGAACUCCUCAUCCAGUUCUACAAGUCGACGCGCUUCAAGCCCACGCGGAUUAUCUUCUACCGUGACGGAGUGUCAGAAGGACAGUUUCGACAGGUGCUGUAUUAUGAACUGCUAGCAAUCCGAGAGGCCUGUAUUAGCCUGGAAAAAGAUUAUCAGCCUGGCAUAACAUAUAUCGUCGUUCAGAAGAGGCAUCAUACGAGACUGUUCUGUGCUGACAGGACAGAAAGGGUUGGAAGAAGUGGGAACAUCCCAGCUGGGACAACUGUGGAUACAGACAUCACACAUCCUUAUGAAUUUGAUUUUUACCUCUGUAGCCAUGCAGGAAUACAGGGUACCAGCCGCCCUUCACAUUACCAUGUAUUGUGGGAUGAUAACUGUUUUACAGCGGACGAACUUCAGCUGCUCACCUACCAGCUCUGCCACACUUAUGUACGCUGCACACGCUCUGUAUCCAUCCCUGCACCAGCUUAUUACGCUCAUCUGGUGGCAUUCAGAGCGAGAUACCACCUUGUUGACAAAGAACAUGACAGUGCUGAAGGAAGCCAUGUUUCAGGACAGAGCAAUGGGAGAGAUCCUCAAGCCCUUGCAAAGGCUGUACAGAUUCACCAAGACACCUUACGCACCAUGUACUUUGCUUAGUUAAGAAAAAAAAAUUAUGAGAACAGAGCCUAUUCACAAAAAGGAAGAAACGCAGAAUUAAAGCCACAUACAGUGUAUGUUUCCAGGGGGGCGGAGGUCGGUUGAGGGGUGGGUGGGAUGCCUCUGCUGGGGCUGAACCUGAUCUGUGGGGUGGGAGGGGGGGAGGGAGGCAGGGGGCCAGGCCUUAUCCUUGCCUUGACGCAAGGAAGAUUGUUUACGUCACCGAGGACACGGCACUAUUAUGCAAUAUGAAACCAGCCAACUGCUUUUGAAGCAGCCUUCUGAGGGAAGCGCUGCCGUCAUUGUUGUCGUCUUUUCCUUUGAGUGUGUGUUUUAUUUCCAUUGUAGUCUAAACCCUUUUUUAUGCCUUUACCUCAAGUUGCUCAGCAGCACAACUCUUUCUGCAAAAAAGAAGAAGAAAUAAUAAUAAUUAUGAUGGUAUUAUGAACGUAUAGGAACAAUCAAAGCGAUUGUUGGGUGGGGGGGGGUGGGGAUGGGGGUUCACGUUCGGUAGGGAGAAUGUGCAAAAAAGUUUUUAUCUCUUUGUACCCCUGUGGGUCGCAGGUGGCUGCCCACACUUGACUGUGACCAUAUCGAGUGUGUAUUUGAAGGGACAGCCCUGUUGUCUCUGUCGUGGGAGAAGGUGUGGCGUAUUCUGCAAGUCCACCAAUCCUAAUGUAGUUUAGCCAACUGCUGCCUUCCGUGUCUGUCUUCAAAACUCGGAGUCGCUCAGCUCAAGUUAGUUUCAGUAACAAAAACCAAACUGACUGUGUGCAUUUAUGCCAGUGGUAUCAACACAGCCUGGUAAAUCUAAUGAUGCUGCUGCUUUCUCCUUCUUCAGAGGUUCCAGCUGAUUUCCCAUCCUCUGUGCCGCACAUAUAUACCUUCUGAGCACAUCCGAUUCUCCCCUGAUUUGCAGGAUGGCUUGUAAUCACUCCUGUACAGAUGAAAAGAGUUGAGAUCUCUUUUCUUUUAAAAAAAAAUGAAUUAGUUGACUUGCUGCCUCUCACUUUAAUGUGAUUGCAUAUAUCUAUAUCUAUAUAUACAUGUACUUUGAGGUUUAGCUUCCUCUUUUUAUAUUUAUUAGAGUAUAAUAAUAAUGCUUUAAUUUAAAUCAGUGUAUGGGCAACAUCGGUUUUUAUGUUGAGAGAUAACAGUUUUGUUUUAAAAGAACUGACAACUUCUUUUGCUAUUUUUUAGUGCAAUAAGCUGUUGCAAAGGAGGAAAACAAAACGGUCCGUUUUUGCUGCGCACAAGCGGCACUGUUUCACGCCACUAUCGGUGGGAGAAUGCAUUUGAAAGAACAUUGUUAGCCUUAAUUUUGAAAGGAAAGUCUUCUGGAAGGGAGGGGUCUUUUAAAAUAAUAAUAAUAAUAAUAAUAAUAAUAAUAAUAAUAAUAAUAAUAAUAAUAAUAUAGCAAACCCCGUCAUGCUGCUAGCGGUCUGCAAGCUUUAAUACACAGAAGUUUUUGCUGUGCUGCACCGUGGGGUUUAAGGGCAUUUUAUUUUCCAGCUUAGAGGACAUCCAGGUCUUUAGCUCUGUCCAAAUAAAACUGGGCAAAAGUCCGAAAGGCACGAAGUGUUUGAAAAGCAAUGUUUUGAUUGUAUAGACUUUCCUUUUGAAACUGAGUGCUUCGUUUCGUUUUACAAAUAAUGUCAGACGUAGCUGGGAUACAUUUACAUGAGAUCACCAAAAAUGUGAAUCGGAUAAAUGGGCCUCGUUUGAUUUCAUUCCACUUUGGAAGCUGAAGCAAAGUAUUUUGCGGGACGAUGGAAAGUGAGCCUGUUUGACUCAGCAGCCGGGGGUUGAGGACGUUUUGCACUUUCUAAACAUGAACUGCAUUUUUGACUGCUUUGUUUGCACUGGUUUUGUAGUUAUGUAUGCAGCUAGAUAUACUGCAGAUGGUUCAUAUGGGCAUUGUUAGUAUCCCGGCCCUACGGAAACAAACCAGCCAUUCUCCACAUGAAAACCAUUUAGCUGGUUGAAGUGUCUCGCUUAGCUCUGCGCUCUCUCCAAAACGACUCACUAUUUGUCGGUUGACUGUAUUUUGAGCUGAAAAAUCUGAGCCCAGUGUGCUCCCAACAGGCAUGAGCCUUUCUGAUUUUUUCCCCCUCCUAUUACUCCCCAUAUGUACCAGAAAAUGAAGUACUGUGUUUUGUAUGCUUCCUUGUGCAGGAAUAUGCUGCUGCUUCAUGGUGUCUCAAGGUGCGUUGCUGCACAUGGUUCAGCAAAGUUUACUCCCAAUUUGAGUGAAAUGGUACAAUAUGCCUUUAAAUUUGAGGGGGGGAAGAAUCAAAAUGCACUUGGAUAUCAUUGUCGUAGGGAAUCUGCUUGCGUUUAUGGGUUUGGGACAGAGACAUUAGGUACUAAGAUGAAAAGAAACUGCUAGCAUCAAAAUAUCCCUCAGUGAAUUGAACCACAAAUAGUUGUCUUCGUGUCUCCAGAAGUGUCUAAGUUUGGGAAUAUAUUAUGUACUGUAUUUAUCUUUGAAUUCCUAGCAAAAAGGCAGUAGGGAGUUCAGUCCAAAUCACAGCCAAUGGAUUCAGACUUUGCUUCUGUUGCCUAUCAUCCUCCUGCCUAAAAAGUCUGCUAAAAAGCCAUUGGGGUCAAGUGUUAUGGUUCUAAUAUGGUGAAGUUAGAUCAAACUUCCCCAAGUGGUAACAUAAAGUUUUCUUCUAGGCGACAGAAGGCUCUAGAGGGAUUUGUAUCCCUUUCCAAUUAAUUGAGAAAUAAAAAUGUAGUGGGGUUGCUCUUCCUGUUUAGCUGUUUACACCAAGAUGCACUAUAAUAUUUAUUCCCUGGCACUCAAGAAGUCCUGGCAUUCUCCACUACAUUCAGCACUCUCUUCCCCAUAAAGCCAAAGCUCGUUGGCAAAGCAUCUCUAAAAUAUUGGUGCUGAUGCAGUUGGUUUUCAAAUGGAGAGUAGCUGGUGACUUAAAAACAAACAAAACCCACAAACCGGGAACAUGUUUUACUUUUAGGACUGUCUCCAUAAAGUGCCGAUAAAUACUCAUAACCACCUUACAGGUGUUGAGGGCCUCACUUCUUACAAUACUAUAGCUGCUAUAAUUUAUUUAAAUGGAGGUGAACAAUUACUGCACUAGGGAAGGAGGAGGGCAGGUGAGCAGGAAUUCAGGCGAGUUUUUAAGACGUGGUAUUCUAGGUUUUGUUUGCUUUCAAUUGUGGUUAUUAAUGGGAUGAUAUAACAAUGGGUGCUGUUUUCACCGAGAUGAUAAAAUAGCCGGAGAGUCUUCCUUUAAAAAAAAAAACUUUGUUUUUGAAAGACUAAAGAUAUAUUUAGAUGUUUGUGGUGGAGAAUAGGGAAGGGGGGAGAAUAAAUGGCACCUCGUCUGUGAUGGCAGUUUCCGGUAUAUUUUUUUGCGGGAUUAUAUGGACGUUUAUUUUUGUACAUGCUCUUAGUUUAAAAGAAGAAAAAACAGUUUCCUUGAUUUUAAUGUGCUUGCAUGAAUAUCACAACCUGUUCAACCUAUGUAUGUAGUAUAGCGGUAUAGCUUUAACAAUCCUCUCCAUCCAGCUUUGCCUUGUUUUUGAGUGUGUAUAAUCUCUGCCUAAAAUGGUGGCACUAAAACUGCUUUCUGUCCAAUUUGUCCUGGAUUCUGCUUAUACUUGCAAGUGCCACUGCCUUUCUUUAUGCGCCGGGAUACUUUUGAGCUAUGCUUGGAGUUGCCUAGAGCCUUGACUUAGGGUGAGUCUGCACUGUAGAAUUCAUGCAGUUUGACUCCACUUUAGCUGCCAUGGCUCAAUGCUAUGGAAACAUGAGAGUUAUAGUUUGGUAAGGCACUAGCAUUGAGCCAUGGCAGUUAACACAGAGUCAGGCUGCAUUAGUUCUACAAUGUAGAUGCGCCCUUAGAGACAAUUCAUCCCUAAGCUAAAAUAACACACUCUGCCAUGGACAGAAACUUUCCUUUGUGCCAUAAGGCUUGCUGUCUGUCAGGCACAGUCCCAAUUCAUUUCAUCUAGGCAUGUGUGAGGGAAUGAUUUUUGUCUCCCAUCAUCUUUUGCCUAGCCUGCCAGUAGUAGAAGGGAAACACACAAGGACUUCAUUGGCCAAGUUUGUUGCUGAUCUAAGUCGCACUCCUGAAGGCAUUGGUCAUAAUGGUUCGUUCGGUUUCACACUCUGGGUGCGUAUUUCUGUAUAGACACAUAGAUUUGAAUACUUCUGGAGUGCUAGAUGUGUCGUGAAAAGCAACAGGUCUGUUUCCGAUAGCUUUCUUUCAGGGUGAUUCUCAAGGGAGUUUCUUACAAGACUACCUUCUUAAAGGCGGUCUUCUUCACGCUGUCCUUUGACUCUGUGUUGUGCUUACCUGUAUGCAUUCUUGUGUUUUGGAAUGAAGCAUUGAAUAGACUAAUCGUCCUGCUUUUCAUUUUCAUCAUAGCAGCAAUCUCGUGCUUUCAAAAUUUCAAGUCAGUGUAAAUCUGGAAAACAACCUACCAAGUUACCACUUUUAGUUACUUUUACUUUCUGGUUGUGUUCUUAGAAAUCUGUAUUGAAAGUGGGGCUAGCUAUUUGUGUAUCUGGGGAAAGGAGCAAGGCAUCUUCCUCAACUUUUGCUUCCCAUUUUGUUCACUUAACGGCAGUUUGUACCUGCAUGUUGAUUGCCUUGUUAAUGCAAUAUCAAAAAGAUGACUAGCAUUUAUAAAAAUUGCAUCCGGAGAUCAAAAACUAGAGAGCUUUUUCUGUACUCUUGCCAGCACAGUAAUUUUUCAGUAGAGGCAGUUUACAUGUCCAGAAGGAAAGUCAUCCUGUAAUCAAAAGGCAAGAGGCAUUUGGCCCAUAAAUGUGUUUGCAUAGUUGGAUAAUUAACUCUCAAAGCAAUGCAGACAUACUAAUGCUUAUUUGUAAAUAAUAUUGUAAUUUCACUUGUCUGGUAAAGGCAGGACCCUACAUUAUGGCUUCCCAACAUAUUCUCUUUAAUCUGAUGUUGUUGCUGAUAAUAACCUUACGGUGAUAGAGGCCCAAUGCAGAAAUAGUAGUUAGCUUAAAAAGCAAAUUGGAGCUUCUCUACUGUGGGAUGUGACAUGUUGACAAAGAAUGGUAGUCCUAUGAGUCAAAACAGUGUUUUCUUGCUAAAUUGUGUUUGUAUGACCUCUGUCUGACAAAGUAGUUCUGCCCUCUAAAUCUUGAAGAGAUUUAUUUAUGGAAAGUAAGAUAGUCCUCAAAGUGCCUUUUUAAGAAGAUGGUGCUGUAGAUUUUUUUUGUUAUUGUUCCCAAAGUUAUAUAUCAUUGGUGGAAAACUGAAAUAUUUAGGGAAAACAUGCCAAGUUCAUGAUAGUAUCACUUGUAGUGUUGGGUCACUACAUGGUGUCCCUCCCCUAGAUCAGGACCAAAAUGAUUAUGGACCAUAUUAUAUUUGGGAGAAGGAAUGGUACUGAUAUAUGAUUAAAAUCCACUGUGUGGAACAGAGUGACAUUUUAGUGCAAAUAGUUCAAGACCAGUUGGUUUAAAUAUCCUAAAAGGAAAACCACCAGAUCUGUCUGAUGUUGAAAGCUAAGCAAGAUCAGCUCUGGAUAAAAACUUGGGUUGGAGACUGCCAACAAAUACAUGGUGCUGUAGGCUAUAUUUCAGGGGAAGAUACUGGCAAAACACCCUCUGAGUAUUCCUUGAGCAACCCUAUGAAAUUCAUGGAGUUGCCAUAAGUCGACAGGCAACUUGAGGGCAUGCAUGCAGUUCCUAGACCACAUAAGAACAGGAACUGUUCAGAAGUCAGGAAUAGUAGAAUUAGGUAAAAGCUGUAUAGCUGUAAGUUCUGUGUUGCAAAUGGUAAACUUUUGUUAUUUAAGGAAAGACAUUUCAUGUUCUUGUGAUGAGAUAUGGCAGCAGAAAUGGCUUUUUGCUGCAGAACAAGCCUGUUGCUCCUGAAAUUCACCCUUUCUGUCUUUUUUUUUAUGAUACCUUUCAGCAAUGUAAGCUUUCUAUCAGUCAGGAAAAGCUGAAUUAACACUACACCUCAAUAACAGCUGAAUUCUGCAGAUAUAAUAAUAAUAAUAAUAAUAAUCAUCAUCAUCAUUGUGACAAUUACACUGUAAAACCCAUUUGCACGUGCCUGUAAAAGAGAGUGUUCCAAAAAUGGUCUUAAUUGAUAUCAGGAUAUUUUUCAAGAAUAGUUAGCCAUAGUGGCUGACUGGUCAGAUGUUCACAGGGUCUGUUGCCUUGCUUUUUGUUGGUUGGCUUUCUUACAGAAGAGUUUGACCUCUCUGAAGUUGCUGGGCGGUAAACCAGGUUUUAUUUGAACUUAACAGGGAAAAGAAAAAAAAAUCACUCCAAUUUAGUAUUGGGUUCCAGAGUCCUGGGAAACAGUGCUAUACACUCGCCUUGCUAUUUAGAUUGAUGAAAUUGUAUUGGUUCGGUGGUGGGUUGCACAGGAGGCCAGUUGCUUGUUUGAGAGAUAGUCAAAGAUAGUAGGGUAGCAGAUUGUGAUGCCAUCUUUUGACAAAAGUUUAACUUGUGGCCUGCCUAUGAGUACUUUGUACCUGGUGUUCACACUAUAUUUCUGCCUAUACUUGGCCAUAAGGCUCUUGUCCUACCCUUGGGAUCAAACGGUUCUUGCUCAGCUACUCUUUCUAGAAGCGUGGAAGCCUUUGUGAGCCCAAGCACCAGUUUUGGCCCUUUGCCUUAAUCAACAUCUGCAUUGCCUAUUGUCCAUUUCUGCAUAUUUUGUAUUCUUGAAUAAGAAUAUGUAAACACAAUGUAUUAACUAUUCAGUAUGCACUGUGAUGUCUGGAUUCAUAGUAAUUCAACACCGUUUCCAGUGUGCAUGAAUUGCAAUAAACAUGCUACAGCAAUUCCUGUUGUCAAAGUAAUGCAUUUGUAAAGGCCAUUGUCCAUAAUCUUUCUUCUCAGUGCCCUAGAUAAAUGGAAAGGAUAUAAUCCCAUAUAUCACUGUUCUGAUCUAACCUUGUAUAGGCCAGUCCUACUCACCGAUGUACUGUUACUUCUUGUCCUGCACUCCUCCAGCUAUCCCAGGCUGCUGGGACUAGAAUUGCCUUUGUGAGUGUAUUGUUGAGGAAAAGAAGGCUCUCUGGGGCCGUCGGAUUCAGCAGGUCAGGAGACAGUCUCUAUGUGUCUAUCAUGGAGUAGCUUGCAUACUGUGAAAUCAAAAGUGUUCCUAAAACUGGUAAUUAUAUUUCUUAAUCUGAUUCUUAAGCCUAAUUUUGGUGGGGAAGGGGUUCAACCUCUCACUCAUAAUUUGCUGUGGAGCAAUGGUUCCCAGAUUUUGGUCUUCCAGGUAGUUUAGAGUUCAACUUCCAAAAUCCCUACUGUUGACCAAUUCAGCUAAGACUUUGGGGUGUUGAGGUCCAAAAUACUUGGAGGGCCACCGUUUGAGUAUUACUGCUGUAGGGCAUUACAGAACUCUUUCCCCAUUAAAAUGAAACUCAGUUUUCAGUUAGGUAAUGUAAACCUUAAAUGCAUUGCAUGGUGCCAAUCUUUUCUUAAGCUCUUAAAAUGCCUCUAAAUAUCUAGGCUUGGCCGAUGGCUAUGCAAAGAGUGCAAAUUCCUCUUGAGGAUUGUGGGGUUUUCGCCAUGUGUUUUGCUUUGUAUUUCCGCAGUGCACUUUUUCUUCCUGUCCACGCUCCGCAACAUAAAAUGUUGAACAGCACUUCUUGUGUAAGCAAGCAACCUAGAAGCAAGUGCCUUUGCUUUAUUAAAUGCAUUGUUCCUAAACCACUACCAUGCUUAUUGUUUCAGUGUCAUUUGCUUUAAGUUUGGGGAUAAUUUCACAUUUUGUGGCAUCUACUUAUAUGGUGUUAAGUAUUGUUGUUCAUUCUUGUGUCACCUGAGUUCUUCAUCUGCUGGGUUUACUUUCUUGUUUGUGUCAUCCAUUUCGCUGAUUUUUUUUCUUUUUUUUUAAACAUAUCCGUAUGUGCUACUUAUACGCUUGAUUUGGUGUUUGGAUCGUUGGGAGAGGAGUUACAAGAAUUUGUAAGAUAAUUGUGCCGUGAAUAUAGUGGAGGAAGGAAGGUGAGCUUUUGUUGUGAGGCAAAUAACUUUGGAGGAAAGAUGUGUUGUCAAAGGCUUUCAUGCCCAGAAUUACAGGGUUGUUGUGUGUUUUCUGGGCUAUGUGGCCAUGUUGUAUUCUCUCCUGACGUUUCGCCCACAUCUAUGGCAGGCAACCUCUAAGGAUGCCUGCCAUAGAUGUGGGAGAAACGUCAGGAGAGAAUAUUUCUGGAACAUGGCCAUACAGCCCGGAAAACACACAACCCUUUGGAGGAAAGACUUGGGAGAACUUCUUUGAUGGACCAUAGUUUUCUGGAUCCCCUAGGUAGCAUAUCACCGGCCUUUCUGAUAGUCGUAAUCCGGAAAGUAACAUUUCCAUCCAAGUUCUGGUGAGAGAAAAGACAGCAUGCUCCAAUUAUUCAUUGGCUUUGCUGUGAGUUCAGAGAGAAAUUCUGCUGGAAGAGUUCAGAUGGAUUGUAGAUCUGGGCAAAAAAUCAGCAGGCUGUGUUAAGAUCAUGAAGACUUGUGCUGUGGAAGCAGAUCAUGGUUCAUGGAGUCUAGCACUCUGUGUCCCUGCAUUACAGGCAAGAUGUGAAACUGGACUUCCUCAAUAUGGAUCCAGUGCCUGUGACUCCGGAACUGGAACAUCAAAGCACAGAGUGUGCCCAGGUGUUUAUGUUAAAAGGAAUUAUUCCUUUAGACCAUUCUUUCCCAAACUAUCCCUACAUGUGUUGAAGUAUAAUACGUUUCAUUUCCAGCCAACCAUCCUAUUGAUGUGUGCUUGGGGAUGCUGCGAGGUGGAGCCCUGCAUGAUGGACGGACUCUGAGUUGGUGAAUUUUGUGAAUUUUGCACAUUGGAUAGAGGUUGUUUUGUGGCCCGUUUUGCCCUCAAAUCUGCCUUUCUCUCUCCAGUGGGCUCUUAAAGAAAAAUAUUCUCUCUAUCUUUCAAGAUGGCUCUUUGAAUUGUUUAUGGUGGUGGUGGUGGGACUCGUAUAUAAAGUGUGUUGAAUCCAAAGAACCGCGAAAUAUUUUCUGUAAACAUUUGUGGAAAGGUCUGCCCAAGAGUUCGUGCACAGUUUGUACAAAGCAGAAAAGUAUAUUGAUUUUUGUUCAGUUUCAUUGUUCUUGUUAUCUGUGGACAGAAGAUACCUUCUACAUGUGGAAGGGAGCACCUUGGACUCAAAUCUGCUACUUUUCUUUCUGUGUGGAAGAGAAAUAGCAUCAAACCCAUCCCCAUAAAUGUAGGGGUAAAGCAUGCUUCCAUUCUGUGUUGCUUCUUCCAUGCCCCAAUGCCAAACACUGCAGAGAAGGGCAAAUGAAGACUGGAGUGAGUGGCUGAAACUCUUGACUGAAACUCAGUGAGCAAGGACAGCUGGUGAGGCAUUGGGCUUAGAUGCAACUAAUAUUUGCAGGGUUUUCAAACGUGCAACUAACUUUUCUCUAAGUGACUAUCCUUGGAACUUUGUGUGCUUUAUUGGUAAGAUUUAACAGAGUGUGUAAAGCAAAACUAAAAGACUUAGCUUUUGAGUUUCGUUAUGAAGGACAUGCCAGAAUCAAUUCCGAUCAAUGUAGGGCAUGAGAAAAGUCCAAUUUUUUUUUCUAAAUGAAAAAAAUUAUGGAACACUACGUGUUUUCUAGGGAAAUAUUCUUUGUACUAAACAUCUCUGAAUGUCGGCUUAAUUAAGCCUGUUCUACUUGGGCUCAGUGUUUGCUUGUUCAGACAAUUUUCAGUCUGGUGUGUCGGUUGUGUGAAAGUGCUUAAGUAUAAAUCUGUUUGUGAAGGCUGAGGCAUCAUUCACUUGUGGAAGGCAGGUUGUAUGUGUGUUAAAACAAGAGCUUGAAAAGGGUGCCUUUUUGAACUCCUAUAAUUCAUCUGGCUAACAUCUGGUUGGGAUGUUUCUGGCAGAUGUAGUCCCAAAAGUCAUUUUCUCAAGUUUUGUACUCAAGUUUGGCAUUUUCUUAGACUUGAGACUUGUAUAUAUGUACCGUAUAUACUCAUGUAUAAAUCGACCGGCUAGGCUCUUAUCUCAGAGAAGGGAAUGGUUCCUUCUUUAACAGGUUUACACAAAUUGACCCAUGGAUAAGUCGAUCCAGGUUUUUUGGGUUGAUUUUUUGACUAAAAUUUCUAGACUUGUACUGGUUUCAUUGUAAAUCUAACCUUUACAGUAUAUUCUAGCAUCAUGUGUAUUUGAAUCCGAUACUUCUGGGUCUUUUUACAAGACCACCAUUUAUUGGUACCUCCUUUCUACAUCCUGGAAAACUUCUCUGGCAUCAAGUCCCACCUGUACAUCAUCUUAUGAAAAUUUUCUUUCCAAUCAUUACAAUCAUUACAAGUAAAUUUCAUGCUUUUUGUCCGGACCUUCUUUCAUGGCUCCUAUUGUAUUUGUGCACCUAUAUUUUGUUCCCAUUUAACCAUGCAAUCCCUCACCUGCUCUUCUUCAAUUUCAUCAUUUAACAGCAGGUUUAUACAUUUUGGCAGUCAAAUUGUCAUCCUUUGAAUGUAAUAAGCUUUCGAAAUCUGUUUCAACUAUUACAAAUUCAUAUAAGUGUUUUUCCAUCUUAUAACGUUCAGUGAUUUGUCUGUGGAGCUAGCCAUUGCAUGUUAAAAAUUUCUAGACUUAUACAUGAGUAUGUAGGGUAACCAUUUUGAGUGCUUGCACAUUGAAGAAAGAGGUUCCAAGUACGUAUUUUGUUUGAUAAGCACAGCCACAUAGCUUAGCAAAUGUCGUGUUUUGCAGGCUUGCUGAUCAGUUGCUUGGAGAGAUGUAGGAUCUCUUCUGCAUUUUUAUUUCCAUGUUUCUUAGCACCAGACCGCUCUGCGUUGGCAUGGACACCAAUGGGUUUGGCAUGAAUGGCCCUUGUGAAAGGCAGAGGAAGGUAACUUUUAACUACGUGUAUGUAGCUGGUCAUAUGGGGCUCUUUUGCACGACUGUUAACUGUAUGGCUAGGCUCUAUGUAGGAUAAUCACAUGUAUGGUGCAAUUGACUAAAAUACAGGUAGGUGUUGAUUCACACAGUUGGAAGAUUUCCCUUUUGAGAUACAUGUAUACAAGACGAAAUGGGCACAGGUGUAUUUGUGUGAAAGUGGACAAAGAGGUAUAUGCAAGGUUUUCUCAAAUGGAAGCCAUAUCCAUGAAGGAAAUGUCACUGUGUGAAAGAAACUUCCCUUAAAGGGCUUCCUUAAUAGGCAGAAGCGGUAUUAAGAGUAUAGUAUUAGCAGGGUAUGUGUAGUUAAGGGGACAAACCAAAUCACCAUCCUAAAGACAUUCCACUCAUGGUGGGUUCCUCCGGUGCUUAGCUCUGCACCAAGUGGUUGGUUUGCUAUAAGUAAUAUAUAGCAAAGUAUAUUAGAGAUGCCCCGUUGCCUUUGCUUGAGGGCUUUGCAUUGGUGACACCAGCACUAUUCUGUGUGCCAUUGCUAGGACAUAUUUCUUCACAAUCCUGCCGUAUGCUGGAUACAUCAUCAUCUUCACCUGCAAACGUGGUGGUGUUGCCCUUAAGUGAACACCAAUAGUCGUGAAACUCCUAAAAGCGUUCUUGUUGUUUUGUAGGGCACUGCCAAUUUCGCAUUGAACGUGGUUAGAUCUCUGGGUGUCCUUUGCCUUCUCUGCUCUUCUAAAUAGUGUGCUCAUGUUGAGCCAGUGGGAUGUAUCUGGGAUUGUCUUCGUGGUUUUCCUUCCCGCAGGUGGACAGAUGGAUGGCAAGUGCAUUGAUGAAAAAGCCUUUACAAUUUUUACUUUUUAAACCACCUUGACCGUGUGUGCCUCUUUGUAUUGCAAAUGUGAGUUGCAACAAAUUGGGGAGAGGGUGGGUGGGUUGGUUGGUUUAUAUAUAUGAUAUAAAUAUAUAUAUAUAUAUAUAUAUAUAUAUAUAUAUAUAUAUAUAUAUAGCAAAUCUGUAUUUCAGUAUGUUUUUAAAAAUGUAAUCCGAUGACCCAGGAAUCAUGUGUCCCCUCUCCCUCCUUUCCUUGCCCUGCCAAGUAAACUGUCCUUGCCAAAACCUUUUAGCUUUCUUCAUGUUUUCUUCCAGUUUGUCGUCAUCGUUGUGUUUUCAGUGUCGCCACAUAUCCAUCAGAAUCAUUAAAGGUUGGUGUUGACUCUUAACACUUUUAGUUGACAUAGGGCUUAGGCCUCGUAAGCCUACCUCAAGCCUUGACAUCGUGGCAUCCGCCUCCUCUCCUACCCAAAACAUGAGCACAGGUGGAGGUGGGUCAGUAUAUUUGUGUUAGGUCUCGGAUUAAUGCCACAGAAGCAGACACUCUGAAAGAAUUUCCAAAAGCCAGACUGCCAAAAACAUUGGAAUGUAAUUUGUGGUCUUGUAGCUUUGGCUUUUUAAACAUGUUCCUUUUUUAUUUGAGGGAGGGAAUGCUGAGAUAAAAAAGAGGGCUAUUGCAAAUGUCGAAACAGUCUUAAACUAGAAUAGGACUCAAAUCUAACAGCAAUCACAAUGCAUAUGUUAUAAGCAAAAUAACUUUGGCACAUGGUUGAUAGCAUGGGUCUCAGAUGGGUCAUAGAUGAUGGAGGUUUUUGGCCCAUCUGGAUAAGAGCUGGGGAUGGGCAUGAGAUCUGCGUUCCUGGCUUCCUCGCUAGGGAAAGGUAACUUGUGGUACUCUUGCCAAAUAGGUUGAGCACCACUGUUUCACAGAGUAGAAAGAUGUGUCAUGUUCAGUCCAAACGCUUAGUGCCUCUGAUGUUUUGUCCCCAUCUUUGGAUACCCAGCAUAGUAAUGAAAUCGCCCUGAAAUAGACAUAAAGUCUGGGCAAAUUGCUAUUUUUAGUUAUUGGUACUUCUGGUUUUGUUUUGUUUUGGAAGGGGUGGGGUGAGUCAGCACAUUAUAUUACGACAUGUCAUAUCUGGCCAUUUCUGACGUCACACUCUUUAGUUCUCGUUCUGUUGCUCACAAACCUGUCACCGUACUAAAUUCAGUCAUGGAACUCCUGAGCCAAAUUUGUCCCCAAAGUUGUUUGUCUGUGACAGAUUCCACUCCUUUUUGUGUUUUGUUUCGGAUUUUUUGUUGUUGUUGUUGGUCCAUUUGUCUUUACUGGAAGGAUUCUAUGUUGUGUGUGUGUGUGUGCUUUUUUUUAAAAAAAAAAGUAAAACAAUUACUUAGUGUUGCUUUGCUUUGAUUUGAAGUGUAACUUUCACUAAUAACUGCAAUAAAUAAGCUUUGCUCCAGAA